AUGGAGACUGAGAGCUGUUUGUCUUUCGCUUCUCCUCCGAACAGGACGACGCCGGAGCAAUCUCCAGGUCUGGAACAUAAUUCAGCUUCGUUCUUCCAGUGUAACGAGCUGCAGAAAUCACCGCACGCUCACGUGGCGCAGAGGCACGCCGUGCGCGCGGACUUCUUUUCUGCGCGCUACUCUGCAAACGGCGCGCACGCGGACUUUACGCACAGCCUCGGCGGCUCCUCACCUAGAAAACAUGGCAAGUACCUGGACACCACCGCGACGGACCAAAAACCGUUAUCCAUAUCCGAGAAGAGCUCGUUUUACGACACCAGUUCCAAUGUGGGGGAGAAGUCAUUGCCUAAGCCUUUGGCUUAUCCUGUUCUGGACUCUGAAUGCUGUGGUAAAUUAAAAGAGCCUUCAGAUGGACUAACUGAAGGAGACACCAUUGCAGACUCAAUUAACCUGUCAGGCAAGAACAAGAAGCGAAGAAACCGCACCACAUUUAGUACCUUUCAGCUGGAAGAACUGGAGAAAGUCUUUCAGAAGACACACUACCCAGACGUGUAUGCACGGGAACAGUUGGCCCUGAGGACUGAGCUCACUGAAGCAAGAGUGCAGGUGUGGUUCCAAAACAGAAGGGCUAAAUGGAGGAAGCGGGAGCGCUAUGGCAAACUGCAGGAAGUGCGAAAUCACUUUGCUGCUACAUAUGAUAUCUCCUUGCUCCCUCGCUCCAACACCUACCAGAUGCAGGGUAACCUGUGGCCUGGAGGAGGCGGAGCAGGGGGAGCCGGUGGGGGUUGCGUCUUGGGCACAGACAGCAUGCCUUCUUCCUGCAUGGCUCCUUACCCUCAUCCCCAUGCACACCCCCAUGCUCAUGGGCUUAUGGGAAUGUCCACAUCCCCAACUCACCCACCACAUCAUCCUCAUCCUCACCAUCCAGGCAUCAAUGGCCUGUACUCCCUGCACAGCUUCCAGGGAGGUUUGGGGGCUCAUUCCUUUGAGCCCAACUCUGAGUCUGACUACAAGCCUUCAGGUCUGGUGGCACUGCGUAUGAAAACCAAAGACCCUGGCAGCCUCUUGUCUUGGCCAACAUGA